GUCUACACUCUACAGUACAGUACAGUGCUGGUUAUACACUACACAGCAUCAAUGGCCAUUGAAACUCUAGUGUUGGGGGCGGGUCAAGAGGUUGGGAAGAGCUGCGUGAUUGUUAGCAUAAACGGUAAACGAAUCAUGUUCGAUUGCGGAAUGCACAUGGGCUAUUUGGACCGUCGUCGAUACCCUGAUUUUAGUCUCAUCUCUCACUCUGGUGAUUUCGACGCUGCACUCUCUUGCAUCAUCAUCACUCACUUUCACUUGGAUCAUGUUGGAGCGUUAGCUUACUUCACCGAAGUUUGCGGGUACAGUGGACCGGUUUAUAUGACGUACCCAACAAAAGCUUUGGCUCCUUUGAUGUUGGAAGACUACCGCAAGGUAAUGGUUGAUCGUCGGGGCGAGGAAGAGCAGUUUAGUGCUGAUCAUAUUGCUGAGUGCAUGAAGAAAGUUAUUGCUGUAGACCUGAGGCAGACUGUGCAAGUAGACAAAGACCUGCAGAUACGUGCCUAUUAUGCAGGACAUGUUAUUGGAGCAGCAAUGUUCCAUGCAAAAGUGGGAGACACUGAAAUGGUUUAUACAGGAGACUACAAUAUGACACCAGAUAGACACCUAGGAGCAGCUCAAAUCGAUCAACUACGACUUGACCUUCUUAUAACUGAAUCCACGUAUGCGACUACAAUACGUGAUUCAAAAUAUGCUCGUGAGAGGGAAUUCCUCAAAGCUGUUCAUAAAUGUGUUUCCGGUGGAGGAAAGGUGCUUAUUCCUACAUUCGCUCUUGGAAGAGCCCAGGAACUAUGUAUUUUGUUGGAUGACUACUGGGAACGCAUGAAUUUGAAGGUUCCUAUCUACUUCUCAGCAGGAUUAACUAUUCAAGCUAAUAUGUAUUAUAAGAUGCUUAUUAGGUGGACAAGCCAGAAGAUUAAAGAUACAUACUCUACACAUAAUGCAUUUGAUUUUAAGAAUGUUCACAAAUUUGAAAGGAAUAUGAUAGAUGCUCCUGGUCCUUGUGUUCUUUUUGCCACGCCUGGGAUGAUAAGUGGUGGAUUUUCACUUGAAGUUUUUAAGCACUGGGCACCGUCAGAAAAUAACCUUGUCACUUUGCCUGGGUAUUGUGUGGCUGGAACAAUAGGACAUAAAUUAAUGUCAGGUAAGCCCACCAAAAUUGACCUGGAUCCUGAUACACAAAUAGAUGUGCGUUGCCAGGUUCAUCAGUUGGCUUUUAGUCCUCACACCGAUUCUAAAGGGAUAAUGGAUCUUGUAAAAUUUCUCUCCCCGAAGCAUGUUAUACUAGUGCAUGGCGAGAAGCCUAAGAUGGCUUCUCUUAAAGAAAGAAUUCAUUCUGAACUGGGGAUUCAGUGUUAUGAUCCUGCAAAUAACGAAACUGUAUGCAUUCCUUCCACUCACUAUGUAAAAGCAGAAAUCUCUGGCACUUUCACUCGCUACUGCUUAAAUCCGAACUUCAAGUUUCAGAAAUGCAGUUCGCUUCAAGUUGAAGAUGAAAGAGUAGCAGAAGGAGUUUUGGUUGUGGAAAAAAGCAAAAAGGCAAAGAUUGUACACCAGGAUGAGCUUUUGCUCGUGUUGGGUGAAAAGAAUCUCGAGUUUUAGUUUGCAUAUUGUUGUCCGGUACAUAUUGGUAAUGGAUAGCUUAAUUGACAAGUGCUCUCGGCUCCAAUUCUUAUCUUCAAAACUUUUUGGUAGUGACUUAUCAGGAGGAAACACGAUCUUGGAGAACAUAUGCAAAUGUAAUCAUUUCAUGCAUCUCCCUUGUGAAGCAUUAUUGUUCUUGCAGGAUUCAGGAAAACUCUGUAUAGCAUUUUAUUUCUGCUGUCUUUGGUCAGCAGUGAACAAGAAGCUUGCAAGGAAACUAUUUUCAGCAAUGUAGAGCAUAAAUAUUUGGCCCAUAUAUUUAUGUCAGAGCUCUGAAGCAUGUACAUUAAUCAACACAACGAUUUGAUAGAAGGAGAAUCAGUUUAAACAGAACAACAUCAUUCUACUUUUCUUUGCAGGGAGUUUGAUUUGAGAAUAGACUUAUACUCACACAUUGAGCGAAUGGUGGAAACGGAUUCCAACGGGUGAGUUGAUGACAUUGUUCAGGAAUUUGGUAGUUUCUUGCUGUCUGUUUUAGGCUUUAACAAGAUUCAGAUACUAUUUACUCUUAAUAUAGCUUCAAGCGCUCAUGAUGCAGGAGAAAGGAAAUUGUUGUGAUUGUUUACGAAUUCUAUACAAUUUUUGUAGCGAUUAUUUUUAUUUAUUUUGUGUUAUUCUGAACAUCUACAUGUUAGCGAAGAAUUAUGGA